GUUUCGUCUGAUCAUUCUCUCUCUCUCUCUCUUUCGUUCUCUAAACAUACGAACCAAAUCGGCUUCCAAGAAUUAGGGUUUUCGGACAAAGAAACAUAGUAUUUUGUUCAAGAACAUGCAAGAAGCGGCGCUAGGUAUGAUCGGAGGCACCGUAGGUGGAGACGGAGACGCCGUGGCCGCGGCGGAGCAGAAUAGACAGAUGAAAGGUGAGAUAGCUACACAUCCGAUGUAUGAACAGUUACUAGCAGCACACGUGUCGUGUCUUAGAGUAGCUACUCCGAUAGAUCAGCUUCCGAUCAUUGAAGCUCAGCUUUCUCAGUCUCAUCAUCUUCUCCGUUCUUAUGCUUCCACCGCCGUUGGAUACUCACACCAUGAUCGUCACGAGCUCGACAAUUUCUUGGCACAAUAUGUAAUGGUGUUGUGUAGCUUCAAAGAACAGCUGCAACAGCACGUGAGGGUUCAUGCCGUCGAAGCUGUUAUGGCUUGCCGUGAAAUUGAGAACAACCUUCACUCUCUUACAGGAGCAACGUUAGGAGAAGGGUCCGGUGCAACGAUGUCAGAGGACGAGGACGAUCUUCAGAUGGACUUCUCCUCGGAUAACUCGGGAGUUGAUUUUAGCGGCAGCCACGAUAUGACGGGAUUUGGCCCGUUGCUACCGACUGAAUCGGAAAGAUCUCUAAUGGAAAGAGUCAGACAAGAACUUAAACUCGAACUCAAACAGGGUUUUAAAUCGAGAAUCGAAGAUGUAAGAGAAGAGAUAAUGAGGAAAAGAAGGGCUGGGAAAUUGCCAGGAGACACGACCACUGUCUUGAAAAAUUGGUGGCAACAACAUUGCAAGUGGCCUUACCCUACUGAAGAUGACAAGGCAAAACUGGUGGAGGAGACAGGACUGCAGUUGAAGCAAAUCAACAAUUGGUUCAUUAACCAACGAAAGAGGAAUUGGCACAACAACUCUCACUCACUCACUUCCUUGAAGUCCAAGCGCAAACACUAAUCUCUUCUUUACUAAUUAGUAAUUACCUAUACAUCUUCAUACUAAUUACAUUGCUUAAUCAUGCAUGAGUAUAUAUACGUAUGUAAUUCAUGUUAUUGUGAUAAUAACGAGGUGUGUAAUCAUUGAUAUCUUGUACUUUACUUAGCUUUUAUUCAAAUCCCCCAACGACCA